AUGGAUCCUGAGAUUCAUCUAUCAGUAGUCGCAGACCCGUCCGAACUGGGGCGCUACCACCAAUCGCAGAAGAGCUCCAAUGAGGGACAGCGGUCCUACCUGGAGUUCGAGCCCGUGACUUCUGUGCUAGAGACAUGGUCGCCUCAAGACAGUCUAGCCCUAUCGCCUAUUCAUUCUCUUCCAGUGGAAACGCUUGCCAACAUCUUCUGGCUGUUGGCGGAGAGCAUGUCAUCGUCAUUCCCCGCCUCGCUCAGCUCCCGCGUGGCCUCUUACUCCUGGAUUCAAGUCACCCGUGUCUGUCGCUACUGGCGUACGACUGCACUUGCGUAUUCGUCCCUUUGGGCUAUUCUCGAUACCGCGCAGCCUCGCUUUGUGCGGACAGCCCUCACUCGAGCCGGUUCCGCACCGCUUAAGGUCAUAUUGCGAGAUGGAAUAUACGAGGCUUAUAUUGCCGCCACCCUCGAGGACACCUUGCUCCGCGCGCAAAUUGCUGAACGCUCUGACCAGAUCGAGGAGUUGCAUAUCGAGCCGCGAUUCAAGUAUGGACCUGGUCUUCUUGAGGCCUUUUACCGCCCGGCUCCUGCUCUCCGUUCCCUGAUCAUAAAGAACUGUCAUGGCCGCCAGCACCACGAAUUACCGCGGAUGUUUGACGGUUAUACGCCGAUUCUCGCGCGCCUCGAGAUCUGGGGAUUUUCCGCGUGGCCGGAGAACAUGUUUAUCAACCUCACUCACCUAUGUCUGAGGGAUCAGCCGAAGCAUCUACGGCCACCACUCCGUACGUUCCUCGACAUGCUCGCUGCCUGCCCUCUUUUGGAGUGCCUCAUACUUGUUGAUGCCGGUCCCACGGCUGACGAGGGCGAUCCAUCUGCCGACGAGUCACCGCGCGUGGUACCGCUUGCUAUGUUGCGUAACCUGGACAUCGGACACUGGUCUUCUGCUAAAUUAAUCGCUCGCUUUCUUCGAUGCCUUGAUCUCCCUUCUACUGCCGUCGUUCAUUUCUGGGCUAUGCCGCUUUUUCCAUCGUACGAAAUCACAGAUAUUGGCCAGCUACUCCCCGAUAAUCUUGCACUGCUUCUACCUUUCCACAAUUUACACACUAUCGUUAUAAUGCCUCCCACCAAGCCCCAAGGUUGUGGGAUGUUCAGCGAACACCCAGACCUUCAGGCGCUGACCGUCUGCGACGGUGCUCUACACAUGCUCGGCGAUUUUCCUGUUUAUCAAACCUUGUACCCCCUGCUCUGCAAGCUUGACUUGCAAUACGUUCGUAUCUUCAUCUCGUACAAGACACGCAACCUGGACCCGGAUAAGUGGCCUGCCCUACUGUCGCGCAUGCCGCGCCUGUCGAGCCUCACGGUGGUUCCUAAUUCGAUGGCUGCUCUGUUUGCGUUGUUCCCUACCAUUCCUGACGGUCAAGACCUGCCGCUUCCUUGUCCAGCUCUGCAGUCUUUGACUGUAAUGGAACAUUACGAACGCGCUGGUUCAUUGUGGGCAGUCCUUGUUUUAGGUAUGGCUGCUCAAGGACGCCGACUCACUCAGCUGAAAAGGAUUCGCAUUAUUGAAGAUAUACCAAGCACAUACGCGUCGCAGAUCUACUGGGCUGAUGACUUGGAGAAUGGGCAGCUGGAGUUCAUUUCCACACAAGACCACCUGGAUUCCUCCGAAUUCGCGCCAACUUCAUGGCCGAGCGAGGCGUACAAAUGGUCUCUGAACAGAAGGCGUCUUGCAGGGUUUAGAUGA